AUGAUAUCAGGAUCCAUGAAUAUUCUUAUAACAGGAGCAAAUCAAGGUAUUGGAUUUGAAACAGCAAAACAUCUUGCACGUAGAGGUAAUAAUAUUACCAUUGCUUGCAGAAAUAUGGAUGCCGCAAAUAAAGCCGUUGGUGAAAUUAAAGAUGAAGCUAUUAAAAAUAAUGAAAUUUCAUGUGUAGAACUUAAUUUAUGUAGUCUUGAAUCAGUUAAAAAAUGUGCUGAUACAUUAAUAGCUUCAAAAAAGACAUUUGAUGUUGUUAUAUUAAAUGCUGGAACAAUGCUUCCUAAAGAAAGAUAUACAUUAGAUGGAAUAGAAACAACAUUUCAAGUUAAUUUUGUUUCACAAUAUUUCUUGUUUGAACUGUUAAAGAAAGACAAUACUGUUCUCGCAAAACCAGUAAGAGUCAUCUGCCUUACAUCAUUACUUCAUAAAUACUGUGGACUUUUUUUUAGUUUACCAAAAACCUCCUCUGAAUGGUUUUCAUUUAUUAAAAAGAAAAAUUAUGGAAAUGAUUUAUUAUCAGAUAAAUUAGAAAACACUCAAUCAUCAAGAUAUAAAAGUUGGAAUUAUUAUGCUGUUUCUAAAGCUGCUACAGCAAUGUUAGCAUAUAAUUUAAAUAAUAAUGAUAAUAUCUUUGCUAUUUCUGUUCAUCCAGGAUGUGUAAGAACAUCAAUGACAACCAAUUUUGCAAAAAAAGUUCCAAAAUACUUAAAUUUUUUAAGAAAAUUUCUUAUAACACCAGAACAAGCUUCAUUAAAUGUUGCUUCAGCAAUUGAUAAAACAUUUACUAUUAAUUAUAUUAAAAAUAAACCCAUUUAUCAAGAUGCAGAGAAUGCUGCAAAUUUAAAAAAAACAUUUCGUUCUGUUAAAACAUUCAACUGUUUAAAAAUAGCAACUGAUGAAAUUUUAAAUUCAUACUUUUAA